AUGCGACUUCAUCAUCAAUAUAAAACAAGAUUUCAUUUACAAACAAAAUCUCUUUCUAUUUCUGAUCUAUUUCAAUAUCCAACAAUGAUUGAUCAUGCUCAACUCAUUCAUCAAGCUAUGAAUAUUGAACAACAUUUCGAAGAUUGUUGGUCUUUAUUACAUCUCACUCAAGGUCAAGCAUCAUUUGCUCAAGAACGAAUAUUUCUUGAUGAACAAAUUCGUUUUUCAUCUCAAAAUAACAGUAUGAUUUAUGCUAUUCCAUUAUUUUAUCGAGUUUCAUCUGUGGACAAUCAUAUAUCAAUUACUCGAUUACAUCGUGCAUUACAAUCUGUCAUCAUAAAACAUUCCAUUCUACGUACAGCACUUUAUUUUGAUAUUCAUGGUACUAUUAUGCAACAAGUGAAUACUAGUAGUGAUAUUGAUGAUAUGAAAUCUUAUGGAUUAGAAAUAAUUAAUCUUCAGGAUGAUAGUAUUGGUAAAACAAUAAAUGAAGUAUUAAAUCAUUCGAAUUUAUUUGACUUAUCAAAAGGACAUGUUAUUCAUUGUCAUGUUCUUCGUCAUUAUCGCCUUUCAUUAGAAAUUGAUGAUGAUCUAUUGAUAAAUGAUGAUAUGAUAUUAUUUAAUAUUCAUCACUCAGCAUUUGAUGGAACUUCUAGAUCAAUUUUUCUUCGUGAUUUAUCUCUUGCAUAUGAAAGUAAUUGUUCGCUACCUAUGAAUGAUGAUACAUUUCAAUACAUUGAUUAUUCUGUUUAUGAACAUCAAAUAGAUAUGACAGUAUCGCAUGACUUUUGGUAUUCACACCUUGAAGGAUGCAAUCUUGAACGUCAAUUGUCGUUACCAACUGAUCGACAACAUUCAUCUAAUGAUCAGCGAUCAGGUUUGUCUUCUAUAGCUGAAAUCUGUUUUAACAAUGAUAUUUCUACAUCAUUUCUCGAUUAUGCUUCUUCACAUCAAGUCACACCAUUCCAACUAGGCCUGACCUUAUUUUAUGCAUUUCUGUUCAAAUUAACUCAUGGUCAAAAUGAUUUAUGUAUUGCUGGUAUCAAUGCUAAUCGAUAUAGAAGUGAAUUACAAAGUAUGAUUGGAAUGUUUGUUUCAACAUUACCUUAUCGUAUUCGCGUUGAUCCUCGUUGGACAUUCGAUGAACUUGUUAAACAUGUACGAGAAAAAUGUUUAUCAAUUCUAGAACAUUCUCAUUAUCCAUUGCAACAUAUUCUUGCUGAUUUUCAUUUUAAUCAAUCGAAUGUUCCUUUUCUCGAAUUAGUAUUUGAUUUCAUUGCUGUGCCAUCGGACAUCGAUGGCUUAUCUUUGAAUGGUACGAGUUUAGAAGAAGUGUCAUUACAACAAUCAUCUGUAAUGGCUAAAUUUGAUUUCAUGUUCACAUUUAUUUACAAUCCAACAUUGGAUGAUGGUAGAUUAUCAUGUUCUUUUGUUUGUUCACGUGAUCUGUAUGAAGAGAAAACGGUUUCAGAUAUUGCACGAAGAUUUGCAUAUCUGCUCGAGCAACUGUGUACAUCAAAAGUAAUUACCAACGAGAUGGACCAAUGUGUCACAUCUAUCAACAAACUGUCCCUUAUUUUACCAGAAGAAACUAAAGAAAUGCAAGAAGUAAUCUUUUGUCGACAAUCAAGUAUCAUCGACAGAGCACCAGCCUCCUUCGCACAAGCUCGUAUUUGGCACGAUGAACAAAUUCAUUUUCACUCUGACAAAUCACACGUAGCAAUCUACAAUAUGCCUUUUCUCUUUCGUUUAUCAUCGGGUCAUACUUUAUCAGUCACACAACUUCGACAAGCACUACUCAAAAUUAUCAUCAAACAUCAAUCACUUCGCACUUCACUCAACUUUGAUAAACAAAACAAUCAACUCAUUCAACAAAUCAUUCACUUCAAUGAUAAUAGCAACAAUUUAUUUCCAUUUAUUGAAAGUAUUUUUGAAACAGAUGAUCUAUCCACUCAUAUUAUUCAUGAUGAACAAAGAAAUUCUCAACUCUUCCAUCUUGCUCAAGGUCUUGUCUUUCGCUGUCAUCUUGUUUACUACAAACGAAUCUCUUUAAAUGAUCUUCUUUCGGAUGAAAAUCUACUUAUUUUCAAUUUUCAUCAUGCUAUGUUUGAUUCUCUAUCAAUGGAUGUUUUUCUUCAUGAUCUCAAUCAAGCGUAUACAACAGAUCAAGUAUCAUUUGAUGACAAUACUAAUCUACGUUAUCUUGAUUAUGCUCACAUUGAACAACAAAUCUCUAUGGCUGCUGCUAGUAUGUUUUGGCAUGAUGCUCUUCAGAAUUCUAAACUCGAUCAAUCAUUACCAUUACCAUUUGAUCGAUAUCGUCUCAACAAUGAAAAUCGAAGUGGCCAAAGCACAUCGAUUUCUUUCGACUAUGGUGAACAUCUUUCGCAUAGGUUUCUUACUUAUUCAUCAUCAAAUAAUGUUACACUUCAACAUCUAACAUAUACCUGUUUUUAUGCAUUCUUAUUCAAGUUAACUAAUGGAGAAAAAGAUUUAUGUAUUGGAAUGAAUACAAAUACUCGAUUCAAAGAAGAAUUAAUGUCAAUCAUUGGAAUAUUUGACAAUAUUAUUCCUUUACGAUGUCAAUUAGAUUCUCAUUGGUCUUUUCAUCAAUUACUUGAGCAUGUUCAAGAGAUCACAAUGCAUAGUUUAGAAUAUUCUUAUUUUCCUCUUCAACGUAUUCUCAAUCAACAUCCAAAUAUUUCAAAAGCUGCAUUUCUUGAUGUAUCAUUUGAAUUUCAAUCCAAUGGAAGUGAAAAGAGAAAAAAUAAAAUAAUUAUUGGAGAUACUCAGCUUUGUUCGAUGCCUUUCUCAAACAAGAUUAGUGAAGAUGAAGUAAUGAGUAAGGUCGAUUUUAAUCUUAUUAUUCAACAUGAUUCACAGAUGAAUCAACUGUCGUGUACAAUUAAUGCAUCAAGAGAUUUAUUUGAUACAAAGACAAUUGAAAAGAUUUCACAACAAUUUCAUUCAAUGUUACAGCAACUCUUUUUCUUCUACGAUGAUGAUCAUAUGAAGAAAUCAAUUUAUGAAUUAUCAUUAAUAUCAGCAGAUGAAAACUUACUUAUGAAGUCAAUGAAUAAUACAGAAGUGUUAUUUCCUUCUUUCACAUGUAUUCAUCAUCAGUUUGUCAAUCAAGCAAUAAAACAUCCACAAAAACUAGCUGUUGAACUUGAUGAUCAAUCGCUAACAUAUUCUGAACUUUUAUAUUAUGUUCAAGUUUUAUCUUUGAAUCUUUUGAAUCAACAAAGAUUGAUUGUAGGAGAGAUUGUUUGUCAAUGUGUGGAACGAAGUUUAUCAAUGGUGAUUGGAAUGAUGGCAAUUGAGAUGGUGGGUGGUGUGUAUUGUCCAUUGUCACCCCGAGAUCCACAACACCGCUUAUGUGCACUUUUACAACAAACUCAAAGUCGUCUUGUUCUUAACCAUCAUCUCACAAAAACUAAAUUUAAUAAUGAUGUUAUCUCUCUUGAUAUUGAUUUAAUAUUGACGGACAAUGCUGUGGAGGGUCAUAUUGAUCGACUAUCAAGCAUCCCGAUAACACUAAACAAUAUUGCUUACAUCAUUUUUACUAGCGGUUCAACUGGAAUACCAAAAGCGGUCCAAGUUCGACAGCGAAAUUUUACUGAAUUCAUGUGUUCUUUGGUGCAUAUUGAUGCAAUCAAUGAGAAGGAUAUCGCUGUACAGAUGGCUCGAUGUUCAUUUGACGUUCACGUUCUAGAUGUGAUGGGAACAUUGAUGAUUGGAGCCACAUUGGCUAUGCUACAUCCAAAAGGAAAUAUCGAUUUUCAUUAUCUUAUUAAAACUAUGAUUGAGAAACAGAUUACUUAUAUUGCUACCGUACCAAGUCUACUCUACAGCUUGUGCAUUAUUCUACAACAGACUAUGCACCACAACUCUAUGAAAUACCUGCGAUCAGUUUGCAGUGGUGGUAUGUGUCUUUCAGAUGAAAUUCAUUACCUUUUAUGUUGUAUUCUUCCAUUUGUAGGCGAGCCUUUUUCGGUCAAAUUAGUUAAUUUAAUCGUAAGUAAUUGUAUGAAAAACUGUCUCAUAUGGAAUAUGUAUGGCCCAGCUGAAGCAACAGUAGAUUCUACGUUUCAUUUGAUUGAUGUUAUAGCCGAUAAAAACAGCAUUCCAAUUGGACUAGCAUUUCCUAAUUACCGAUGUGUGAUCAUGGAUGAAUUCUUACAAUCUUCUAUCGUAGGUCAAGAAGGUGAAUUAUUUGUAGGAGGUGUAGGUGUCUUUGUUGGUUAUCUUGGACGUGAUGAUUUAACAGGGAAAGCGUUAGUUGACAUCAAUGGUAAAAUAUUCUAUCGAACAGGAGAUCUUGUUCAGAUGGAUGAUAAUGCUCGACUUCAUUAUCGAGGAAGAAAGGAUCAUCAAAUCAAAUUACAUGGACAACGCAUUGAACUUGGUGAAAUAGAACAAUGUUUACUUGAACAUACAUCAAUCUCUACUUGUGUUGUGAUUAAAUGGGAUUAUGAUCAUUUGGUUGCGUAUGUUCAAAAAAGUUUAGAUAUUAAUGAAAACGAAUUACGAGAACAUUGUCAAUCACAUCUUCCACAUCAUAUGAUUCCAUCACUAUUCAUUAUACUUGACAAAUUACCUUUGAAUGCAAAUGGAAAAAUAGACCGAAAGCUUCUUCCUUCUCCUUCCUCUGCUCAUCUUUUACCGUUAAAUCAGACAAAUAAUCUAGAAAUCAAACUACCUAAUGAUGAAAUUCAAGCCCUAAUUCAUACUCUUUGGUGUGAUACUCUACAUCUGAAUCAAAUCUCAAUCGAUAAAAAUAUCUUCACAAUCGGUGGUCAUUCUCUUCUACUUAUGCAACUCUAUCAUCAAUACAAAACAAGAUUUCAUUUAGAAACAAAAUCUCUUUCUAUUACUGUUCUAUUUCAAUAUCCAACAAUCUCUCAUCAUGCUCAACUCAUUCAUCAAGCUAUGACUGUAGAACAACAUCUCCAAGAUUGUUGGUCUUCAUUAUAUCUCACCCAAGCUCGAGCAUCAUUUGCUCAAGAACGAAUAUUUCUUGAUGAACAAAUUCGUUUUUCAUCUCAAACUAACAAUAUGAUCUAUGCUAUUCCAUUACUUUAUCGUAUUUCAUCUCUCCAAAGUCAUGUAUCGAUUACUGGAUUACAUCAUGCAUUACAAUCUGUCAUCAUGAAACAUAAUAUUCUACGCACAGCACUUUAUUUUGAUAGCAAUGGUACUAUUAUGCAACAAGUGAAUACCAUUAGUUCGAGUGAAGAUAUGAAAUCAUAUGGAUUCGAAAUCAUUAAUCUUCAGAAUGAUAAUAUCGAUAAAACAAUCGAUGAAAUAUUAAAUCAUUCUCAAUUAUUUGACUUAUUUCGAGGACAUGUUAUUCAUUGUUAUAUUCUUCGUCGUUAUCGUCUUUCAUUAGAAUAUGUUGAUGAUGAUCUAUUGAUAAAUGAUGACAUGAUAUUAUUUAAUAUUCAUCAUUCAGCAUUUGAUGGAGCUUCGACAUCAAUCUUUCUUCAUGAUUUUUCUCUUGCUUAUGAGAAUGAUUGUUCAUUACUUAUGGAUGAUAAUACAUUUCAAUAUCUUGAUUAUUCUGUUUAUGAACAUCAAAUGAAUAUGUCACGAUCUCGUGACUUUUGGCAUACACAACUUGAACGAUUCGAUCUGGAACGUCAAUUGUCAUUGCCAGUCGAUCAACACCGCCUCUCUACAAAUCAACGAUUAGGUUUAGCAUCUACAACUCAAAUAUCUUUUAAUAAUGAUCUUUCUACCUCAUUUCUAAAUUAUGCAUCAUCACAUCAUCUGACACUCUUCCAACUUGGAUUAUCUUGUUUUUAUGCAUUGUUACUCAAAUUAACUCAUGGUCAAAGUGAUUUAGGUGUUGCUUGUAUCAAUGCUAAUCGAUAUCGAGAUGAAUUACAGAAUAUGAUUGGAAUGUUUGUUUCAACAUUACCUUAUCGUAUUCAACUUGAUUCUCAUUGGCCAUUCGAUGAUCUUGUUAGACAUGUUCGAGAUAAUUGUUUAUCAAUUCUUGAACAUUCUCAUUAUCCUCUGCAACAUAUUCUUGCAGAUUUUCAUGUUAAUCAAUCGAAUGUUUCAUUUCUUGAGACAGUAUUUGAUUUUAUUACUGUUUCAUCCAACAUCGAUGAUCUGUCGUUGAAUGGAAUAAAUUUGAAGCAGAUGUCGUUAGAAGGAUCUUAUGAAAUGGCUAAAUUUGACUUCAUGUUGACAUUUAUUUACAAUUCAACAUUGAAUAAUGGUAGAUUAUCAUGUCAGUUCGUCUGCUCACGUGAUCUGUAUGAAGAAAAAACGAUUGUUAAUAUUGCACGAAGAUUUGAAUAUAUGUUCGAACAAUUAUUUACACCAAAAGGAAUCAUCAAUGAAAUGGAUCAAUACAUUGCAUCGAUCACCAAACUGUCUCUUAUUUUACCAGAAGAAAAUGAAGAAAUACAAAAAUUAGUCUUUUGUCGACAAGCCAAUGUCGUCGAAACAGGUAUGUUAAUCUAUGUAUGA